UGGUAUUGCCAUAUUCAUCCUAAAGAUUUGCAACUUGUUACACACUAAGAAUGAAAACAAAAUGGUAACCAUUACAGAUUCUUACACUGUGAUUCCAAAUGAACCAACUCCUGAUGGUCGUUUAUGGCUCACUGAUAUGGACCAAGUUGUACGUGUUCGAUGCCUACCCACCAUUUACAUUUACAAACCAAAACAAUGCCAAGAAAAUGCCAUUGAAACCUUGAAAAACUCUCUCUCCAAAAUUCUAGUUCAAUACUAUCCUAUGGCUGGUAGAUUGUGUUACACGGAAGGUGCUAGAUUAGAACUGAAUCUCAAUGCAAAAGGUGCUAUUUUGCUUGAAGCUCAAACCACUAACACAAUUCAUGAUUAUGGUGACUUUUCACCUUCUGACUUCACCAAAGAGCUUGUUCCGUUAAUCGAUUAUAAUCAACCCAUUGAAGAUAUUCCAUUAUUAUCUGUGCAGCUCACAAGGUUCAAAAACAAUGAUGAAGCCUUUGCAAUUGGCAUUGCUUUUUUCCAUCAAUUAUCAGAUGGACUUGGAGCCAUUAGAUUCAUCAACUCAUGGGCCAAAGUAGCUAGAGGAGAAACACUUGAGGAUAAUGAGUUACCUUUUUUGGAUAGAACAUUACUCAAAUUUUCACACACUCCUUUGGCACCUCGUUUUGAACACAUGGAAUUGAAGCCUCUUCCACUCAUUGUAGGAAGAAAAGACGCAAGUGAAGAAAAAAAGAAGAAAAAUUCAGGAACAUUAUUGACACUUUCAGCAGAACAAGUUGAAGAGUUGAAGAAAAAAGCUAAUGAAUAUAAUAUGAAGAAAAAAGGGUGUAGGGGUUUUAGUAGAUUUGAAGCAAUUGGUGCACAUUUAUGGAGAUGUGCAUCUAAGGCGCGUGAGCUUGGAGAGAAUCAAGAGAGUGUUGUUAGAUUCAAUGCUGAUAUUAGAACAAGAAUGAUCCCACCUCUUCCUAAAAACUAUUUUGGGAAUGCUUUGACACAAACAGCUGCAAAAGGGUAUGUUGGAGAAAUCACAUCAAAGCCAUUAGGUUAUGUUUCAAAAAUCAUAAGGGAAGCUACUGAGAUUGUUACAGAUGAAUUUAUAAGGUCGCAAAUUGAUGUUAUUAGGGGAUUUGAACAUUUGGAUGAUGCAAGGGCUUUGUUUUUAGGUGCUGUAGGUGAUAAUUUUCCAUAUUUUGGGAACCCUAAUUUUCAUUUAACUAGUUGGAUGAGUAUGCCAGUUUAUGAAGCUGAUUUUGGAUGGGGGAAGCCUGAUUAUUUCGGAAUGGCUAAUUUGUUUCCACAUGAUAGGGCAGUCAUCCUUCUUAGUCCUGAUGAAGACGGAUCUAUUCUUGUAUGUUUGCAUUUUCAGAUUGCACACUUGGAGCUUUUCAAGAAGUUCUUCUAUGAAGAUAUUUGAAAUUUUUUUAUCAUAUCAUUUACUUAUGUUUUGUUUGCAUUUUAAUUGUGUUUUGAUGUCAAGUUGCUUGAUUUAAUUUUAAUGUUUCGCUGUCUUUUUUGCUUGUCAUUUGCAUGAAUUUUCCUAUUCAUGAUUUCUAAUUCUUAUUGUAUUGCUUGAUUUACUUUGUUUCUGAGUUGCAUGAAUUUUUCUAUUCAUUAUUUGUAAUUCUUGUUGUAUUGCUUGAUUUUUCUAUUCAUUAUUUGUAAUUCUUGUUGUAUUGCUUGAUUUACUUUAUCAAUAUAUUAUUACCUUGGUGUUA